AUGUCCUCCCAGGAGUCAUCGGGCAGGCCGAGGGUCCCAGAGGACUACGUCUGCUGGGACAGACGCUCGCAGCCCACAACCAUCCUGCUCUGCAAGUCCAAGAGCAGCCAGGCAGCUCUGGUGCCCCAGGAGCAUCAGAAGUUCAUGGAGGAGGCUUACAAUGCAGCCAUCUGCUACAAGAUGCUCCGGGACAUGAACAGCUCCGACCCUCUGCACCUGAAGUACGUCAUCAAGAAGAUCAAGAAAAUGGCUCAGGGGUGCUCCAGCCUGGUGUUGGAAACCAUCCACGACUACCUCAAAGACAAUCCAGAGAUCUCCAACCGGCACAAGUUCCGGCUACUCCAGGUCCUGGAGACUGUCAUUGGAGCCAGUGACUCCCUAGGAGAGAUCUGGGAAAAAUACUACACACAGUUGGCCCUGGAGAACAUGACCAAAUCCACGGAGCUGGAGGACAUCUACCAGGACGCAGCCAGCCACGUGCUGGUGGCCAUCUUCCGGCACUCGUGGCAGACAGUGACCCAGCAGCUGGAGACGCACCUCCUCAAUAGUGUCUUCCCGCAUCGCAGCCUGAUCUAUGUGAUGAGCAAACUAUCAUCUCAGGAGGACGAGGAUCAGAGGAAACGCUGGGAAGAACAGCUGGCACAGAUAGCCCUCAAGUCCAGGCAGUUCCUGAACUCAGACAUGUGGUUCAAGGAGAUGCAAGAGGCACUCACCAGGCCCGGGUGGGCCCCACAAGAGCAGCCUCCUGAGAAGGCCUUUCUGUUCACCUACUAUGGGCUGAUCCUGCAAGCGGAGGAGGACAGCACCAUCCUCCGAACGCACCUGUGGGCGCUCCUGCAAACAUCCCAUCAGCUGCCCAAGCAGAGGGAGGGCAUUGCCCUCACCACAGGCUUGGCCGCAGCGCGCCACUUAGACGAUGUCUGGGCCAUCCUGGACCAGUUUGGGCAGAGCACGCCGAUGAAGUGGAGCCUCCACAACUUCUCCUCAAAGAAACUGGAGGAACCACAGUGGAAGUGGGCCAGCAGCACCCUCCUCCUCGCCUAUGGCCAGGUGGCGGCCAAAGCCAGGACCCACAUCCUCCCCUGGGUGGACAACAUCCUGUCCAGAAUGGUCUUCUACUUCCGCUCUAGCACCUGGGACGACGUCCUGAAGCAGAGCUUCCUGACGGCCACCUCCACCCUGCUCGAGGCCAUCCACCGCAGCGAGGGCGCCCACAGCUACGAGCUCUCCCAGACCGGCGAGCUCCUCGAGUGUCUGAUAGCCCUGAUGGAGAAGGAGCCCCAGGACUCGCUGUGCACCCACAGCCGCCAGGAGGCCAUCAACAUCGUCACCAGCCUUUGUGAGCUGAGGCCCCCCAUGGACACGGACCGGAAGUCACGGCUGCUGCGCGCCUGCCUCCACAGUGUGUUUGCCCUUCCGCAGCCCGACACCCUGGAGACGCACACCUGCCAUUCUAGGGAGCCACACAAUGUACAGGCCCUGUACCGGCAGACCACGGAGGCCCUGGACCGCAUGCUGCAGAGUCUCGUCAAGCAGAACCCCACGUCAGACGAGCUAGACCUCCUGCUGUCGCACAUCUACGUCUGGCUGACGUCGGAGAAGGCGCACGAGCGCCAGCGGGCUAUGCAAACCUGUGUGUGCCUCCUCGAGUUCGUGAACCACAACCACUACCUGGACCCCGAGGAAGGGAACUUCACGCGGAUCGGGAAGCUGGCGGGCAUGCUGGGUAUUCUGUGCCAGGAUCCAGACGGGACCACCCAGUACCACAGUCUGGAAGGGGUGGGUCACCUCUACCCGCUCCUGACGCACCAGAAAGGAGGGCCAGAACAGGUGGAGUGUCAGAGCCCCAAGGAGCCUCCCCAGACCCACACAGAGAGAGCCGCCGUCUGGAGCACUGGAGACCAGGGGGACACCACCCUGAUCGCCCAGGAGACAGUGCCCCCAAAGGAACACAUCUUCCAGCUGGGCAGCAACCAUGCCAUCAAGGUGAUCAUCAGGCAGCUCAGCUUGGCGGAGCUGACAGACUUCCUCUGGACAGUCAUCGACAACCUGGGCUCUGCCAGAGAAUUGCACACGCAGGUGGCUGCCCAGCUGCUUCUGUCUGUCGUCCAGGAGCAUGGGACCAAGCUGGAGACUGUGGCUGAAAUGGGCCAGGCCAUCCACCAGCACCUGUGCACCAUAGGCAACCCCACAGCCAGGGAGCAGGCCCUGCAGGCCAUCACGCUGCUGGCCCACAGCCACGCCCCGGAGCUGGUGGCCGCCUUCCUGGACUUCUCCAUCCCUCUGGACAGCCAUGCCUUGCGCCUGUGGAGGGCCCUAGGGGCCGAAGAGCCGAUGAGCAGCCUGGUGCUGGGCAUGCUGCUGAACUGGCUUCGGGUGCGGCCUCUGCCCCCUCGCACAAGCGGCAGCAGCCCUCAGCCCAAGGACAAGUCCUACCUGCGCUCACUAGCUGCCAUGAACACGCUGCACGAGCUACAGUUUGCCCGAGAGUUCAAGAAGGCUGUGUGCGAGGCCUACCCCGAGCUGUUCCUGGCACUCCUCACCCAGGUCCACUACAUCCUGGAGCUGGAUCUGCCCACUGAGGCUGGGGCGGAGCAGCAGGCACACGAGGCCACGCCCAGCCCCCAGAGCUCCAUGCUCCGCCGCAGCACAUCGGUAGAGGCACUGAAGAGCCUGCUGUCCACCACGGGGCACUGGCACGACUUCGCCCACCUGGAGCUGCAGGACACCUGGGAGUACUUCACCUCCAUCCAGACCUACGCGCAGGGCGUGGGCCUCCUCGCCAGGGCCAUGGUACAGAACCAGUGUAAACAGAUCAAGGCAUUGCUGAGCCACCUGCUGCCCAGCCUGCAGAGCCAGGAGGAACGGGAGCGGAAAGCAGCCAUCUUCAUCUUCAUUGAGUUCCUCUACAGCCCCGCCCUGCUGGAGGUGCUGUCCAGGCAGCAGGCACUGGCCAUCCUGGCACAAGGCCUCGAGGACCCCAACCCCAAGGUUCGCGUGUCCAGCCUGCAGGGCCUCGGGAACAUCCUCUUCCACCCAGAAAAGAGAAGCCUGCUCCGCAGACAGAUCCCACCCUUCCUGGCCGGCUUCUUCCAGAACAGCGAGGCCAUGGUGGUGGGCGUCAUGAAGACCUUGUCAGAUGUGCUGCACUGCCUCGGAGCUCAGGGCGCCGGGGCCCUGAGCCUCAGCGUCGCUAUCAACGCCCGCUCCUUCUUCGAUGACGAGCGGGACAAGAUUCGAGCAGCAGCCAUGGCAUUGUUCGGAGAUCUGGUGGCAACGGUGGCAAACAGGGAACUGCGUGGGCUCCGGACCCAGGUGUGCCAGAGCAUGCUGCCUCUACUCCUGCACCUGAAGGACCAGUGCCCGGCCGUCGUCGCGCAGGCCAAGUUCGCCUUCUACCGCUGUGCGGUCCUGCUCUGCUGGCCCCUACAGCACACACUGUUCUGCACGCUGGCCUGGGAGCAUGGUCUCAGCGCCCGCCACUUCCUCUGGACCUGCCUGAUGACCCACAGCCAGGAGGAAUUCGGCAUCCACUUAUCCCAGGCCCUCAGCUGCCUGCACAGCCGCCACCACCACAUCAAGACCUGGGCAGCGCUCUUCAUAGGGUACACCACCUGCUACCACCCUGAGGCCGUGGCCCAGAUGACCAAUGACAUCGACGGAAAGCUACUAUUUUGCACUUUCGAAGAUCUCAGAAAAGACCCAGAACCAGGCAUCCGGGAAUUUGCCACCAGACUGCUCUCCUUCUUCCGGGAGGUGUCGACCAGAUCCGAGGACUGA